CGCUCUGUUCACUUAGCGUUGAUGUGAUCUGUGAGAGGUUGGCCCUGAACCAAGUUUCUCAUGUCCCGUUGAUAUAUUCCGUUGCUCCUUCUCUCGCCCCACACCUAAGCUCCUCAAACAUUCCUCAAGCAUAACCGAGUGACCUCCAUUCCGUACGGAGAGAUGCCUAUGCGAUGCAAAGUGUGUCGGUCCCUCUUUGCCCCGGGGUCGAACGCACCAGUCGUCCUCUCCUGCGGUCACAGCACCUGCAGGGAAUGCCUUGAGUUUUCCCUUAGGCAUAGCGAGCAGCUCAAGUGUCCCAGAUGCCGAGAGGUUCACAGAGGACCUGAUCUGGAGGAUCUCAAGGAUAACUACGCCCUUAUAGAAGACGUCGCUCUGGAGGAACAGGAGAAUACAGGAACAGCAGCUCAGACGGAGUCAUUCAGCAUAAGUGUCAAAAAUAUGGAAGACAAGGUGUUUCCCGUCACCGUCACCCGCCGGGACACAUUCAGAAGAGUCAAGCAGAUCCUAAACACGGCGUACGGCUUCAAUGUGGGUGAAAUGAAGCUCUUGUUCAAGGGCCAAAGGCUGCAGGACGACAGAACUGUCGGGGAACAAAACAUCAGGGCCGGCGAUGUCGUGCAAAUGGCAAUGACGCCACGAACAGAUCAGGAGAACUUAAUUACGAUCACUCUCAGCACUCCGAUGGGGAAGACGGUCUCCGCUACUAUCAAUGCAGACGACAUGCUCUUUCGAUUCAAGGUCGAUACGUGCACGCGAUACGGCCUUGAUCCGGCCUUGUUUCGGCUACUACACAGUGGAAACAAGCUGUUAGAGGACAAGACACCCGCCUACUACGGGAUAACCGAAGGCAGUAAAUUGGACUUAGUAACCACCUUUCUCGGAGGGGAGAGCUGUGUCUGCCUCAGCUCGUGUAACUACGAGCGUUUAUAUUCAGGCUCCCUGUCUUUCGGCUUGUCUCUGUAUGUCUCCGUCUGUCUUUAGGUCUAUUUAUCUCUUGUCUGUCUUUCUUAAAGGAAUCAGUUUUAAUCCUCACUCUCUCUCGCUUUCUUUUAGUCUCUGUCUCUGCUUUUCCUAUUUUUACCAGUUUUUAAGUCCAGUCUCUCUCUCUCUCUCUCUCUCUCUCUCUCUCUCUCUCUCUCUCUCUCUCUCUCUCUCUCUCUCUCUCUCUCUCUCUCUCUCUCUCUCUCUCUUUCUCUCUCUCUCUCUCUUUCCAACUCUCGCUUGCUCGCUUUCUAUAUGCCUCUGUCUCUAGUUUUCCUAUAUCCACUCUUUCACUUUUUCUGCCACUCUCGCCACAGUGUUUAUAUACACCAUCUCUGUCCUCUCACAAACUAGACCUAUAUUCAAACUAUGUAUGCAAAGAACUAUAUGAAAUUAAGGAAUAAAUGAAAACAAAUAAAUUAAAUAUAUGUACAAAAUUAGCAGAAAAAAACAAUAUAUAUAUGUAUAUAUAUACAUAUACAUACACACAUACACAUACACCAAUCGACUUUGUAAGUUUGUAUGUUUCGUAUCCUAAUAAAAUAUUAGUAAUGAC